AUCACGUCUGUACUUAACGAAGAAGAAGCAGAAAUCAUCUUGUGGCUUUUUUUUACGUCCACUUUGUUUUCCUUCUCAUGUGGAGCUUAUGGGAAGGUAAAUUUUGUAACACAAUCUGUGUUUUUAUAUAGUAUGGGGGACGAGCAAAAAGUAACAUUGACAGCGGUUUGACCAAACGUUGAGCAUUAGGCCUAUAUAAACAUUUUAAGAGCGCGUGCCUCUCACAAACUGUAAUCCUACAACGAUAAAUGGAUAAGUUGUAAAACAUAAGAGCACUCAAGUGCUACAAAUGGUUGUUUAUGUGCUAUUUUUAAGUCGUCAUGCAGAAAGAACAUUUAUUCAAAGUUCUAGUCAUCGGAGACCUCGGAGUGGGAAAAACGUCGAUAAUCAAACGAUACGUUCAUCAAAUAUUUUCUCAACAUUAUCGCGCAACAAUUGGAGUGGAUUUUGCUCUUAAAGUCCUUCACUGGGACAGUCAGACGGUGGUCCGGUUGCAGUUAUGGGACAUAGCAGGACAGGAGCGCUAUGGGAACAUGACACGGGUUUACUAUCGGGAGGCCGUGGGAGCCCUCAUAGUAUUUGAUGUGACCAGAGCCUCCACGUUUGACGCAGUGCUGAAAUGGAAAGACGACCUGGACUUAAAGGCCACUCUCAGCAACGGCAAACCUGUCCCAGCUGUACUUCUGGCCAACAAGUCUGACCAGUCACUUGAAGGUCUGCGUUCCCAGAUUCCAAAGCUUGAUACAUUCUGCAAAGAGAACGGAUUUGUGGGCUGGUUUGAGACCUCCGCAAAGGAAAACACAAACAUUGAGGCGGCAGCUAAAUGUCUGGUGGAUCACAUUUUAGCCCAUGAGGAGAACAUCACCAGCAACACAGACACAGACGCGGUGGCCCUCCCCGGGUACAACAACAACACAAAAGAACGGGUCCGAGCCAGAUGCACGGCGUGUUCCAAAUCCUGAGUACAUGAGGAUGAAUAUCACUGUGAUAAAACAAACAAAAAAUAUGUUGUUUGUUAUAGACUUAAAGGGGCGUGGCCAUUUAAUGUUAAUCCCAAAACAAUGAGAUUCAUCUUCAAGACACAAGAAAUGCAACAAAAUGGCGGGGACUGUGAAGAAGGAUCGUGCUGAUUAUAUGUAGUGUGAAAUCUCACAUCAUUAAGUGCACUGUGUUUGUGGUGCUGGAGUUUCAAGGAUUUCACUCAUCAGUGUUCUGUUUACGGAUGAAUACUCUGCUGUUUUAGCCAAAUACCAAGUAUUUUAUAACACAAGUCCAGGUCAAUUAUGCAUUUCUUGCUGUUCAGUAUGCGGACUCUUUGAGCAUGCAAUAUUUAUUAAAAAUGACCUCUUUUUGAGUUAGCCUAUAAGAUUAAAAAACUAUGAUGUGCACACAAAAUACCUUAAUACUUGCACAGCUACAGUAUCUAGAAAUGUUAUCCUGCAACGUCGUGCAUUAACAAAUAAAGCAUACAAUAUUUUCCCUCA